UAUGGUGGCUGAGUAGUGACACGUCUCCUUGCGCGGCCUGCCGAGCUUCCGAUCUCGCGGGAUCCCGGGGCGGCGGUACCGGGGGCCGCCGGCGGCAGCGGCGGCGGGGACGGGCGGGCGGUCGGCGCGGCCAUGGCGGGGCAGCAGUUCCAGUACGACGACAGCGGCAACACGUUCUUCUACUUCCUCACCAGCUUCGUGGGGCUCAUCGUCAUCCCUGCCACCUACUACCUGUGGCCGCGGGACCAGCACGCCGAGCAAAUCCGAUUAAAGAAUAUAAGGAAUGUGUAUGGAAGGUGUUUGUGGUACCGCUUGCGGCUGCUGAAGCCACAGCAGAACAUCAUUCCUACAGUGAAGAAAAUAGUCCUCCUUGCUGGCUGGGCAUUAUUUUUGUUCCUUGCAUACAAAGUUUCCAAAACAGACAGAGAGUAUCAAGAAUACAACCCUUAUGAAGUGUUACAUUUGGAUCCUGGAGCAAGUAUAUCAGAAAUAAAGAAACAGUACCGUGCACUAUCCCUAAAAUACCAUCCAGAUAAAGGAGGAGAUGAAGUUAUGUUCAUGAGGAUUGCUAAAGCCUAUGCAGCCUUAACUGAUGAAGAGUCACGAAAAAACUGGGAAGAAUUUGGUAAUCCAGAUGGACCACAAGCUACAAGCUUUGGUAUAGCUUUGCCAGCUUGGAUUGUGGAUCAGAAAAAUUCAAUUCUGGUGUUGUUUGUGUAUGGAUUAGCAUUUAUGGUUAUUCUUCCAGUUGUUGUGGGUUCCUGGUGGUACCGAUCAAUACGAUACAGCGGGGAUCAGAUUCUCAUUCGGACAACUCAAAUAUAUACAUACUUUGUCUAUAAAACCCGCAACAUGGACAUGAAACGGCUUAUCAUGGUUUUAGCAGGGGCAUCUGAAUUUGAUCCUCAGUACAACAAAGAUGCGACGAGCAGACCAGCAGACAACAUCCAGAUACCUCAGCUAAUCAGAGAAAUUGGUGGCAUAAACUUGAAGAAGAAUGAGCCUCCUCUCACCUACCCUUACAGUCUGAAAGCCAGAGUUCUGCUGUUGACCCAUCUUGCCCGGAUGCAAGUUCCUGAGGUCCUUGAAGAAGAUCAGCAGUUUAUCCUUAAGAAGAGUCCUGCACUACUUCAAGAAAUGAUUAAUGUGAUCUGCCAACUAAUAAUAAUGGCUCGAAGCAGGGAAGAAAGGGAGUUCCGUGCUCCAUCUUUGGGAUCUUUGGAAAAUUGUAUGAAGCUUUCCCAGAUGACAGUCCAGGGACUUCAGCAGUUCAAGUCUCCCCUUCUACAGCUGCCUCACAUUGAAGAGGACAAUCUGAGAAGAGUUUCCAAUCAUAAAAAGUAUAAAAUCAAAAGUAUUCAGGAUUUGGUGAGUUUGAAAGGCUCAGAUCGUCGCAAUUUACUGCACUUUCUAGAAGAUAAGAAAUAUGAAGAAGUUAUGGCUGUCCUUGGCAGCUUUCCAUAUGUCACUAUGGAUAUAAAACCACAGGUUUUGGAUGAUGAAGACAGCAACAACAUCACAGUAGGCUCUCUUGUCACUGUUCUGGUCACACUAACAAGGCAGACCAUGGCAGAAGUGUUUGAAAAGGAACAGUCUAUAUGUGCAGCAGAAGAGCAACCAGCAGAAGAUGGGCAAGGAGAUGCCAGCAAAUCUAAGAGCAAAGGAUGGCAACAAAAGAAUAAAGGAACCAAGAAAGCUUCAAAAUCAAAGAAAAAGAAGCCAUUGAAAAAGAAACCGGUGCCACCUUCAUUGCCACCACAGAAACAGCAGAAGCAAAAACAAGCUAAUGGGGAAGUCGUCGUGAAGGAAGAGGAGGAGGAGGUCUCUGAUAAAGGAAGUGAAUCUGAAGAAGAAGAAACAAACAGAGACUCUCAAAGUGAAAAAGAGGAUGGGAGUGACAGAGACUCUGACAGAGAACAAGACGAGAAGCAAAACAAAGAUGAUGAAGCUGAGUGGCAAGAAUUACAGCAAAGUAUACAGAGAAAGGAGCGAGCCCUUCUUGAAACGAAGUCAAAGAUAACACAUCCUGUUUACAGUCUUUUUUUUCCUGAGGAAAAACAAGAAUGGUGGUGGCUGUAUAUUGCAGAUCGGAAGGAACAGAUGUUGAUAUGUAUGCCAUACCACGUUUGUACACUAAAAGAUAAAGAAGAGGUGGAGCUGAAGUUCCCAGCACCAGGCAAGCCUGGAAACUAUCAGUACACAGUUUAUUUAAGAUCGGAUUCAUAUAUGGGAUUGGACCAGAUUAAACCAUUGAAGCUGGAAGUUCACGAAGCAAAACCAGUGCCAGAAAAUCACCCACAAUGGGAUACAGCAAUAGAAGGUGAUGAGGACCAGGAAGACAGUGAGGGCUUUGAAGACAGUUUUGAGGAGGAAGAGGAAGAAGAGGAAGAUGACGAUUAAACAUGCUAUUGAUUGACUACAAUAUCUGCACACAGUGCAAGCUCUUGGUCUGGCUGUGGAACUUGUACAAUUAACCAAGAAACACAGUACAGAAGCUUUGAGAAGGCUGAGUUUAAAUUUUCUUUACCAAUUAAGAGUGCAUUAUGUAACUUCUCAGUGGAGGUGAAACAAAUCUGUUGCCAUUGAUACACCUUGGAAUAUGCUUAUGGCUCAUAGCCUUCAAAGUGCAGGAUGGUGCAUUUGUUUCAAUUGAAAAUAAAAGCUUUUUUAUUAUAAAUGUCCAAAAGUGUGGGCUAUGUAUUGUCUGAUCAGUUUAGGAUCCAAUUUAAAUAAAAGGUACUGUUAGCUAGGAGCAAACUUUCAAUCAAUUUUUCUGCAUUAGGAAUUUAUUUUAGAAAAUGUUUCGGUAUAUUUGACAUUACAAAUAUCUGUUGAUUGAAGCAACAUUUGCUCAACUUUCAAACUUGAUUGGUUCUGUGGUAUUCAUUAACUAUUUUGCUGUGAUACUGCUCACAUCAUUCAUAGCUUUAAGAAUCUGUUUUACUUAACUUGAUCAUUACAAAUUGGCAUCAUAUCCAUUGCCACAUUCCAUAUAUUCCAGAGGGCUGCUUUUUUUAGGACUGUUGCCUUUUUAUGCCCGAGAUUAUAAUGGAAAUCAUAAACUUUCUUGACUCUGCCAUAGGAUACUUAUUAAUGGCUUAAAACAUUUUUAAGCCCUUAUUUCAUCAGAUCAACAGGAGAUCUGAGUCUUUUGAUAAACAGAAUGUCUGUAAGUAAUUUUGGGACCACAUGUUAUGUAAGCUAGUGGCUUUUGUGUAAUGCCUUUAUAAAAGGUACAUGCUGAAAGCCGAAGUAUAUUCUUAAUUCUCAAUCUACCUGACACCGUCAGAAACAUUUUAAGGGUAAAAUACAACAUGCAGAGAGGGCAUGUUUUGUAUCAGUUUUGAAUUCCCAUCAAUAAACUGGAUAAUUUGAUGGCUGUUUGCAUUUGUAAUAGUGUGCAUCUUUGUCUGAGGUUGUUGGUUUGUUGUUUUGUUUUUUUUUUCCUACCCUAGUCUUCUGCAAGGUUGUAAACAAGAUAGUGAUUCUGUUUCUACACCUUUUAAAGAAAAAAAAAUCAAACCUAAUUAGAGAAUAAAUUCAGGGAGGAGAGCAUCAGGGCUAUUAGUAUAUUCUAUGAGACUUGAUAAAAGCCGUGGGUGGAUUCCUCCUUUUCUUCCUCUGAAUAAAACAAAUUAAAUGUUGCAUUUCUAUACUUCAGAAAUACUUAAGAGUGUUCUGCAAGUAGGAAUAGAUGUAUUUCUGUUCCUGUGUAUUGAACUAUGAAAAUACAAUGCUGUAAAAUGUGACAAAUUCUCAUGCAGGAAAAUUUCCAUCCUAUAAAAAUUGCCCAAAGUCAGAAUAGGUGCACACUAAUUUGCGACCUUGUUUGUUAGAAAGGGUUGUCACUUUAAAUAAAAAUUUAUAUUGUUAUAUUCUUUGUAAUUACAAUAGAUGCAAAUAAAAUUUGAAGAUGUUCUAAUGAGA